AUUUCACAAAUGUCUCCUACAUGUGGAAAAGACGUCAGUAAUGUUUCUUGCCAACAAUUAUCCGGAGAGCUUAAUGCAAUGGCUAAUCGCUAUUUUAACUUGGUUAAAUAUGUGGAAACAUUUGAAGAGUUGAUGGUUAAACAUGCGAAAUUUUUGGAAGAGUUGAAAAUUGGUGGUCGUGGACCUCAUUGCUGGAAGUUCGUCGCUACUGAUUAUGGCAUGUCAAAUACACGAAAAAAGCAACAUAAAAACAUUUUGGGUAAUUCUGAAAAUAUUCUUUCGACUUCUCAGGCAAAUGUUCGACCUCUAGUACCAAGGGGUAGUUCUGUUUCUUCUGAUCCUGAAGAAAAAAUUUUAGAAGAAAAACUUGCUGUAUGUGCUUAUUAUUAUUCGCUUUUAUGUGAAAAAGACAUCAGUGAUUAUUCUACUCAACAAUUAUCCGAAGAGCUUGAUGCAUUUACUAAUCACUAUAUUAAAUUGGUUAAACAUGUGGAAAAAUUGGAAGAGUCGGUGGUUAAACCUCUGAAAAAAUUGAAAGAGUCGAAAACUCGUGGUCGUGGACCUCCUUGUUUUAAAUACGUCGCUAGUGAUAGAGAAAUGAGUGAGCAAGAGGUUCAACAAAUUAUAGAUCGUGCAAAUGGUGUAGAAUGUUCUACUUCAAUGACUACUGGAAGUGGACGAGGAGGAGGAAGUGAUCAAGUGGAUGAAGUGGACGAUGAUCAACAAUUAACAAUCAAAGGAACCAAAUUGACCCUGAUGGAUCGCUUCAAACGUACUGGAGACCAGCGGAUGGCAGCGUUUGAGGAAAUGCUUCGACAUAGACUGCUUUUGAAUUUCAUGGAUGAUGAGGGCCACGAUGAUGGACAACUUUUAGAAGAGGAUAAAGAGGAAAAAUAA